ACCCCCGGCGCCUCAGCCCGCCGCGGGGCUCCCGGCGGCGCGCUCUGAUGACGUCCCGGAGAGGCGUCGCCAGCUGGUGACGGAAGCGGAAGCAGCGGGAUGGGGAAGGGGCGCGAUGGUGGAACGGAAGCUCCUCAUUCUUUUCGGCAGCCAAACCGGGACGGCUCAAGACACAGCCGAGAGAAUUGGCAGAGAAGCCAAGCGACGGCAUUUCCAGUGCAGGGUGGAGGCGCUUGACAGCUAUGAGGUGGCCAACCUCAUCAAUGAGCUGCUGGUGGUGUUUGUGUGUGCAACCACUGGCCAGGGUGACCCACCUGACAACAUGAAGACGUUCUGGCGGUUUCUGUUCCGGAAGAACCUGCCACCUGGUUCCCUCUGCCAACUGGACUACGCCGUGCUAGGCCUUGGUGACUCCUCCUAUCCCAAGUUUAAUUUUGUUGCGAAGAAGCUGCACAAACGGGUGCUACAGCUUGGGGGCAACCCUCUGCUGCCAGUGGCGUUGGGAGACGACCAGCAUGACUUGGGGCCAGAUGCAGUGAUUGAUCCGUGGCUCCUGGCCUUAUGGGACAAGGUCCUCGCCUUGUAUCCUCUCCCUCCUGGCUUUGAGAUCAUCAGUCCAGAUGUACGCCUGCCCCCAAAAUACACCCUGCACUACUUGGAUGAGGACUCCCCACACCGCAAUGGUGGCCCACUCCAGCCGGCAGCGCCCAGGGCUGUGGCCUCUGAGCUGCAUCCCUUCGCUGCCCGGAUGGUGUCCAAUCAGCGGGUCACAGCAGAAUCCCAUUUCCAGGAUGUCCGGCUCAUUGAGUUCGAUGUCACGGGCUCAGGGAUCACGUUCAGUGCAGGAGACGUGGUGAUGAUCCGGCCCCAGAACUGCCCCGAAGACGUGGAGCAGUUCUGCCAGCUCCUGCGCCUGGAUCCAGACAGACACUUUGUGCUGAAGCCCACAGAACCUGGUACGUCCCUCCCUGCCCUCUUGCCGCAGCCCUGCACUAUCCGGUACCUGGUCACCCACUACCUGGACAUCUCCUGUGUGCCACGGCGCUCCUUCUUCCAGCUCUUGUCCUACUUCUCUACGAACGAGCUGGAGCGGGAGAAGCUGCAGGAGUUCAGCUCUGCACAGGGCCAGGAAGAGCUGUACAGCUACUGCAACCGGCCCCGCAGGACCACUCUGGAGGCCCUCUGGGACUUCCCUCACACCACGUGUCUCGUUCCGCCCGACUACCUGCUGGACCUCAUCCCUCGCAUCAGACCCCGUGCCUUCUCCAUUGCCUCCUCCCUGCUGGCUCACCCUGACCGGAUCCAGAUCCUCAUGGCAGUGGUGCGGUACAAGACGCGGCUCAGCAAACCCCGCCGUGGUCUCUGCUCUACCUGGUUGGCUUCUCUCAACCCAGAGCAAGGUGAUGUCAGGGUGCCUCUUUGGGUGAAGAAAGGAGGAUUGAAGUUCCCGGCUGACCCUGACACCCCUGUGAUCCUGAUUGGCCCUGGCACAGGGGUGGCACCUUUCCGAGCAGCGAUACAGGAGCGGGUGGCACAAGGACGUAGAGGGAACUGCUUGUUCUUUGGCUGCCGCCAGAAAUCCAAGGACUUCUACUGCCAGGCAGAGUGGGAAGAGCUGGUGACAAAGGGCUUCCUGACACUCUUCACGGCCUUCUCCAGGGACCAGGAGGAGAAGGUUUAUGUUCAGCACCGCAUCCAGGAGAACCGAAGGCUGGUGUGGGAGCUGCUGAGCAGCAGGAAUGCUCACAUCUACCUGGCUGGGAAUGCCAAGCAGAUGCCAGCGGCGGUGGCCGAAGCCCUGCAGUCGGUGUUGCAGCUGGAAGGUGGCCUGUCACCUCCCGAAGCAGAGGAGCAUUUAAGAGCCCUGGAACGGUCCCAGCGCUUCCAGUCUGAAACCUGGUCAUAAGCCUGGCUCUCUGCCUCCCCCUUCCCCACAGACUCUGCCUAAAUAAAGGAGCCAGCAAAAUGA